UGAGCGAUAUUCGCCUGCGCUAGCCUUCGACUGAUCAUAAGGGCGAUAUGCCCAUGAAUGUUAUUAUCUGAUAGACCGUUCCACUUGUUGCCGUUUUAUACCGCUGCUUUUUCACUUUUCGGACACAGUUACAAUGGUGCAGCCUAAUUUCCUUCAACAACAAUCCCUGACUCGCAUUUGCCGUCUCGUUCGUUGCCGUUAAUGCAUAUUUCCGUAAACACUGCAUAUUAGACUACGAAACCGGCCGGUCUUAUACCGCCGUGACCUUUCAGUUUAUUUCGCUCUGCCAAUUAUUCAUGUAACAAAUGGUCCUCCUGUACUGAGAAAAUACCUGUCGGUUAUUACAGUCGUCCUUCUAUUUUGCCUUGUUUUCUUUCCUGUCCUAUGCCGUGUUAACCGGUGACCGUUAUUUCCGGCAUCGCCGUGCCAUUACCUGGCCACCCGGCAUUUCCCUUGCGCAUUGCCACAGCAUGGACCGGCAACAUACCGGAAACGCUCGAAGGCAGGAAACGACUGCGGUCACCGCCACCGCUACGGAAACCCAGGACAGGAACCUUUCUCGGACUGUACCCACACGGACGGUGGACAUUCCCAUGACGCCGCGCUACCGUCCUUCGGACAUGGUUCGACAGGAUCCUGUCUACGCCAAUGCGCGUAUGGUCGCCGAGGACUCGGAUGGAUCAACGAUCGGCGCCCGGACUCCGUCCCCGGAUCACACGCUUGGCCCACGGACGGAACCGACGGUGACCUUUGGAAAUGCGUUGAUGGAACAGCGCCGGAAGUUGGCACCGGUUCGGUACGGAACUCCACCGACCGUGAGCAGCGUAUAACCGCUUAGCAUUAGCCUUAUUUUUCCGCUCAUGUACAGUCAGCCAGCAAAUUAAUUAAAAACACUCAAAAAAAACUAUUGCAAAAUUUCAAAAAUAUUGUAUUUUAUGCUGUUUGUUUUUAUAUUUUGCUUAGAUACUUCAAAUCAAGUCAGGUUCUCGCUUGUAUUUAGUUCAAUUUAACAUAGUCAGGAUUAUUUACUUGAAUUUUCAAUAAAAAGGAUCAUUUUAUUUUGUAGAAAAUUUAUCAAAAAACAUUGGUCAGGAAAUUUCCUUGGUUACUUGUCAGAUUUUAAUUGCAAUUUUUAAAAAAACAAAAAGAAAGGUUCGUGAAGAUCGACCCAGUUCUAAUAUGGGAACGCAGUUAUAUUAGGUUCGCUACCUGAAGCUUUAGAUCGCCGAAUUUUUAUCAGUCAUUACAGCCUUGCAGUGAUCAGUGAGUGCUCGUAAUAGGUAGGCAGAAUUAUGGCCAUGGUUAACGCAUUGUAUUUUCGUGGUUAGCUGGAGAUCUAUUUUUUGGGGCAAGAUUUGAAAUAUUAAUUACAAACUUCCUACAAAGAUGCUGGUGCAGCAGUUUGUUUGCUAGAUGUCAAGGUGAGUAUAAUUGCUACAAAUCUUCUAAAAAAAAAAACUCAGUGCUUAAUAAAAUAACAGUGUCUGAUCAGCAAUCCCGUUGCUGUAGCAAUACUUUGGUCCUGGGCGUGUAACAACUCUAGCUUUCGGCGCAUCACUGGUUUACGAGGUGUUGAGCCGUAAGUACGCGACUUGACCGUAAGACAUGCUACUAAUCUACUCAGACAAAUUAACAAUGCACUCGUCUGUACAAGUGUACGAAAAAUUCCAACAUGGGGAGAGGAAGUAGACGCUAAACGCGUGUUAUAGACAGGCGAACAAACAGUGUUUGAAACCAGCGCAAUAAGAUCAUGGAAAUAAGCAAAUGAAUUUUUUUGUACAGAUUUUGCCUCAGAGAAUAGGAUUUUCUGUUUAAUUUCGUGAAUACGGUGUGGUGUUGUGGUUUUGGUGUAUGGUUGACCGCGGAUCAAAGUUCAAGUUCAAGUGCGACCGAAUGAUAUCAUCAACAGCAUCGCAUUUAUUAUGAAAAUGAGUCAGGGAAUCUAAAUCCAAAAACAUUUAUAAAAUGAAAAUUUGGUUUAACCCAGGUUUUCCUAAAAGCGUUACGAAAAUAAAAUACCAAUUAUUCCGCUGUAUUAC